GACCCUUGAAACCAGAAAUUACCAUAACUUACAUUGCUGUUUCAGCUAUAUUCUUUAACAGUGGACUCUCCUUAAAAACUGAGGAGCUGACAAGUGCUUUGAUGCAUGUGAAACUACACCUUUUUGUCCAGAUUUUUACACUUGUGUUCUUCCCAACAGCGAUAUGGCUCUUUCUUCAGCUAUUAUCAAUCACACCUGUAAAUGAAUGGCUUUUAAAAGGCUUGCAGACAGUAGGCUGCAUGCCACCUCCCGUGUCUUCUGCAGUAAUUUUAACCAAAGCUGUUGGGGGAAAUGAGGCAGCCGCUAUAUUUAAUUCUGCUUUUGGAAGUUUUUUGGGCAUUGUUAUAACUCCACUUCUGCUUCUACUUUUUCUUGGAUCAUCCUCCUCUGUGCCUUUUACAUCUAUAUUCUCACAGCUGUUUAUGACUGUUGUAGUCCCCCUUAUUAUUGGACAGAUUGUCCGAAGAUACAUCAAGGACUGGCUGGAAAGGAAGAAGCCUCCAUUUGGUGCUAUCAGCAGCUGUGUGCUCCUCAUGAUCAUCUACACAACCUUCUGUGAUACUUUUGCCAAUCCAAAUAUUGACCUUGAUAAAUUUAGCUUGAUUAUAAUAGUCUUCAUAAUAUUUUCUGUUCAGAUGAGCUUCAUGUUUUUAACUUUCCUCUUCUCUACAAGGAAUAACUCUGGUUUCACACCAGCAGACACAGUGGCUAUAAUUUUCUGUUCCACACACAAAUCUCUCACCCUGGGGAUUCCAAUGCUGAAGAUAGUAUUUGCGGGUUAUGAGCACCUGUCCUUAAUUUCCAUCCCCUUACUCAUCUAUCAUCCUGCUCAGAUUCUUCUUGGCAGUCUGUUGGUACCAACAAUAAAAUCUUGGAUGGUUUCUAGGCAAAAGGCACUGAAGUUAACCAGGCAGCCCAAAGCACCCGUGAAGGUAUAAUGAAGGAGAUGGCCUGUGUCACAGUGACUGUAUAUAUGUACUAUACUGUACACACAGACAAUUGAGACAACGGGGUUUUGGUGAAUGUUGCUCCAGUGCAUAUUUUAUUUUUCUAUAUACAUACAUAUAUAUAUAUAUAUAUUAAAAAGAGACCUGUUAAGUGCCUUACAGAUGCAUUUUUGGCAAAAGCAUUGUUUCCAGAAGCCACUUUGUUGGUUACUGCAAGAGGCUGUACAGUAUUUUGGAGUUCUUUAGUUUUUAUUUUUCUAACCAAUGAAUGGUGAUGACUAAUGGCUGUUUGUUCCAUUGCCCUUGCAUUGAAGCCAGGGUGUACCAGCUGUAAGUCUCUGUUUUAAACUAGCCAAAAUGACGAGAAUCCUAUCCCACUGCUGUCUUGCCCUCGGGAAGAGCUUUCUGAAGGUUUUUUUGAGAUUGACUUGAAUUUCUGUGUGACUCUGUUACACUCCCAAGUCAUAUGACUGUGACAUGCCUUUUUCUUCUGAGUUUGUGUAUUCUCAGCAUGGGGCCAUCCAUUGGAUAGAAGCUGAGAAGCAUGAAUUAUUUGCAUUUGUUGACACAGUUGUCUAGACAUUCCUUCAAAGUUAAUGGUUUCUCAAGAAAAUUCUUUCAAUUCCAUUGUAUGAUAUUGUGCCAUUGUAUAUCUUAAAUGCCUCAUAAGCUUCUUCAAAGAAAUGGUCUGGUGCUUGGGUUAUGAGUGAAGUAUUUGUGUUUGCAGCUAGAAGAUCUUUUAUAAUUUACCCUUGAAGAACACAAAUUUUUGUUUUUCUUUUUUCUUCUCCUUCCCCCAGUGCAAUACACAGAGAUCUGCAGUGACAGAAUUUAGGAUGCUAAUACUGAAAUGCAGCCUUUAUUGUAGUAACCCAAGCUAUGUUUUCUAUAUUGCUGCAUUGGUAAUGAAUAAUAGCUUGUGAGGACAAGAAAGUUGACAAUUAUUUUUUUUGCUAGUUAAAAGGGUACGUAUAGUAACCAGAACACUAUCUUAGCUAAUUUGACAAUCAGUCACAACUUUUUUAAAAAUGAAACUAUACUCUUUUUUAUAAAAUUAUAUAUAAAAAAGAACACAAAAUACUAUUUCUAAGAGGAGUGUUGAAGAGAAAGAAACACAGGCAUAUAUUUAAACACAUAGCCAGCCCUGUGUC